AAUACUUAAGCAAAGACAAAACUUAUGAAAUAAGCAACGAAAGAAGACCUUUUAUACAAAUUGUAUAUAUGUAUAACAAUAUUGUGUUUCAUACCGACGUCACUAUUCAAGCUUUAAAUUGUGCCAAAAGUUUGGCUCGCCGUCGAACUAUAGCCAAACAUGUAUUCGAUUACCGCAAGCAUUGAUUACUUAAAGAAAGAAAAACAUCCUACUUCCUGUGUUGAAGACAACAUCUUUCUGUAGUUCUCGUUCAUUUUUAACCUGAUGUUUGGUUGUGAUUGUUGUUGUGGUCUAGCUUUUAAAAUAGGUAGUUUGCUAAGGCAUAGAUGAACGCAUUAGCCACACAUGACCCUAGCAACUGAUUAGUUUAAGAAAAAAUGAAGUAAAUUACCGCAGGCAUGACUAACUCAGCAAGGGGUUGAGCGAGGGAUUUUAUUGGCUGUCUAAAAUUAGCGCGGACUUGAAAUAAUAAUUCAGGAUAUCAGCUAUAAAGGGGGCGUGCAUCACAAACAUGAACUAUUCGAAUGCUAAGUCGCUUUUCUCAAAGGCAGCAAAUAAUUGCAGUUGUUCUGAAAAGAAGACGGACGCUAGCAGAGUUUCACCUGGUACUGAAUGGCAGAAGAGCGGCCCCCUUUUAUUUUUUGAUUACGAUUUCAAUUUAAUUUUAUUCACCCCAUUAGUUGCCAGAACAUCCCAGUAAAUUCGAAAGCCAGUUUUAUUUAAUGUUUUUUUAAUAAGACGUGGCCCUCCAGAAUUAUCAUCAACCAAGAUCGACACAAAAGCAGCGGUGCAACGAAGCCUUGGCAAAUAUGGAGCAGUGGGAAGAGACCUUUAACGUUGUGCUUCAUUGGGUCUUGACGGCAUCUGCGAUCGUUGGAAACGGUCUCGUCAUAUAUUUAGUCAUCUUCAGGCGGCGUCUCAACUCCACAGCAAAUUGGUUCGUCUUAUCUCUGGCCGUGGCGGAUUUUUUUGUAGGAGCAACAUUUUUCCCGUACCAAAGGGCCUGUAAAAGCGAACCGUGCUACAAGAGGCAUAUCCAGUGGCUAUGUGUUGACGUGUUCCUCUGCGCCUCUGUCACGAACCUUUGCCUCAUGACAGUAGAUCGUUACAUCGCGAUCGUGAAGCCGUUGAAGUAUCUGACUGUUAUGACCAGAAGAAGAACUUUGUUAGCGAUAUCUGCAACCUGGUGUAUUCCAAUAGUCACAGCACUUUUGCCAUUAUCGUGGACCUACUCCGCUACGUCGCCGGCAAACAAAGCCAUUUCUUGGAAAGUGUUCACCUUUGCCACAUUGUUUGUCUACGGAAUUACGCCAUUCGUCUUCCUGCCUUUAGCCAUUGUUCGAAUUUUGCUGAUAGUUCGAAGAUGUCGUCUUGAACGGUCCGCUGUCAUGGCCCAGCUAGAUUUCAAUUAUUCGGGUUUGAGAAGAAACAGGCAGUUGGACCCGGAGAAAGAGAUUUCGUCCACCAGACUUAUCGUUUCUGUGGUAGUUAUGUUCUUGGUCUGUUACGUGUUCGGUGUAAGUGUCAGGAUCGCGUCUGUGUUUGGCCAUCAGCAGCCACCUGAAUCUGUGUUGGUGACAUCUUCUAUUCUUAUUUUGACAAACUCUGCAGCAAAUCCGGUAGCUUACGGACUGAUGAAAAGAGAUUUUAAAAGAGAGCUGCUGAAAACCUUAAAAAUAAAUAAUUCAUCGAGUGAUCUUGCUUUUGAAGAAGUUUUGUAAACAUUUUUGGAUAAACGUUGCAAACAUGUCCCGUCCAACUAAACAGUCUUUACUCGCCUUAAAUGGCCGUCAAUCUUACAGUUCCCCAAUGAUUUCGAUUUAAUCCCGUUAAAUAGCCGAAAAUAGUGUCAACUGACGGGCCACAACCCUCGACGAUGUUUUAGGAACACAAGUAGGCCUAACAUUUUUUUAAUCCAAUCAAACGUUCCGGAAGUUGAGGUAGACCGGUAUAUUUAUACGGGAGGCAAUUGUAUAUUUUUUCUUUUUCGCGACGUGCUCGGAUUGCUGUUUUAUUGGCCUGAAAAGGAGGUAUUAACUAGCGAAAAUGAAUCGAGGUAAAAUUGAGGGAAAAAAAAAAUAUAUUCUGGACCCAAACUGUGACAAGAGAUAUGUGUCAUGCUGUGAUUAUUUUGAAAAGCAUUAAGUUUUUAGUUUAUAGUUGUUAUCAUUUAAAACAAAUAAACAUGGCCGUUUAAUGAACUUUAAAGGACUUUGUGUCGAUGUGUCAUAACAUACUGGUAUUAAAAAGAGAAGAAAAAUCGACUGAAGCAUCAGAAACAAAGUUUUACUUACAAAUAAAAAAACACCAAAGACUGGAGAAAUGGAAGGGGAGGAGGGGAAAGAAUGAGAUUAAGGUGAAAUCAGUGAGUUAGAAAACUUGGACAGCGUCGAUGUACUUUUCCUUGCAACACUGUGAAUAAAAACGUGUCAAUACCGGCGAUGCAUGCUUCAAGUCAAUUGUAAAGCAAACGUGCUAAAUAAUGUUUUCAUAGCCAGCUACAUUACCUUACGAAUUCACAAUACUGAUUGUAUUUAGCCACGUGUUUCGAAGUUAUAUUGGACUACGUCGAUGUACUUUUCCUUAAUUGCAACGCUGUGAGCAAAACCGUAUCAAUGGCGAAGAUGCAUCCUUACUGAUCAACUUGCAAAACAAUUAUGCUAAAAUAACGUGUUUCGCCAACUACAUUACCCGUACGGAUUUACAAUACUGAUUGUAUUUAACCAUGUGUUUUCACGCAUGUAGUUACCGGAGAUAAUUGCGGUGGUUUUGAAGACACAACCUGUAGCCGGCUAUUUUAAUUUACGUGUUUGAUUCAAACAUAUUUUUAACCCUUUUAUGAGCUGAUCAUCGUUUAAAACGAUUCAGCAGUGAAGAGCAUUUGACGAACUGUGGCAAAUACCAAACGGCGUGAAACAAUAAAAACCGGAUGAUUUCAAAGCUGUGAGAGACAUAUGGUCGGACUAGAGGGCGUCUAAUACCGCUUACUGUGGUAAACGUUGAUUACUCUAUGAAAUAGAAGCAAAACGUUUAACAAAUGUUCUUUGGUAAGGCUUCGUGGUUGCUAUGUGAAUUUAUGACGCAUCAACUGCUUUGAACAAAAAGAUGUAACCACAAAAAAGGCCGGCCGGCAGAGGAUCGCUUUUUGGAGGGCUUCUAAACAGUUCACUUUCGACCUUUUUAAAGUCAUAUGUUUGAUGGCGGGGGUGUCGAUCUACGUUGUCUUUUGAUAUUUUCCUGCAUUUAAAAAAUUAGUUGAAUUUUUCAUCGCCAGAAAGAAUUAGCACAUGAAGAUUUGAUUGUUUCUAAACACGUGGGAGAUAGCAAAGAAAAUACCGCUUUCUCAUGCUAACAGCUGUUUUCUGCGGCUUGACAUACAAACGAGGCGAAAGGGUCGCUUGUUCUGCAUUGUAUAUUGACCUUUCCGCUUCAUUUGUAUGCCUUUUUCGACAAAAGAAUAUUACACUGCAGAUUCAACUGCGAUAACAGAUAUUAAGCAGAACAACCGAAAAAGGCAAUGUACAGUUCUAGGGUAAAGCUGUAAGGAUGCAUUUGUUUCAGAGGUGCUCUUCCGGCAGGCGAGCCGUGCAGGUGCGAGUUUUUGACUUGCUUCAGGCCCCUUCACUCCUUAAGAAAAAGAAAAAUCCAAAACAAAACCAAACAAAUAAGGCGUUAGUCACAUCUCUUGGCAGAACUGUGCUUGGAAUUUGGGCCUGCACUGUCACGCCUUUUUCUCUUUCUUUUUUCCGUAACGACUUUGUUUGGCGUGCUGUUUUUUUUUUUCUGGCCUCCGAGUAACCGAAUGUUAUUCUUAGGGGCAAUGGCGAAUAUUUAAAUGUCAUGGCAAUUACUGGAUCGUGCAGGUGUAUUUUGCCGUGUAUAGGAAAUUGCUUGACUUAAUGUGUGUAUAGUUCGCUCAAUCAAAUGUUCGAUCUAAUCAUUUCCAUUUUUACUGCACGAAAUAAUAUUACAGAAGUCCCCGUCGUUAGAAGGAAAUGCGCGCAUAGUAGGCAGUGGCGACGAAGCUUAAAGAGAAACCAUAAUAAGGAUGGAAUAUUCAGGCUUCCUUGCCGAUAAGAAGUAACAUUGCUGUAACUAUGGAGAGCGUAGACGGCUGGCCAUGAAUGGUAUAUAUUUAGCGUCUGCAGCUUAGUGAGGCUUCCCUUCGAAAUAACAUGAACGUUUGAUAACGUGAACUUUGUCGCAUCGUACUCUUAAACUUCUGUUUUUAGUUUGUAUUUUGAGCACUUACUAGUGGGCUGAAAUAACUAAAUAGUUUGUUUAUUUAUGUCACUUGUUUGUUAUUGUCUCGGUCCAUGAACGUUAAAUACCCAGGUACGUUCGGCGACUCAUGUUUUUUUUUUUUUGAAUAUAUUUUUAGCGCUUCCAAUACAAUGUUCUGGUUUAACGGCUUGGCCCAUGUGUGAGUUGUGACUGACCCAUUCGAUUCCAUCCAAUGAGUUCAUGAAACAAUCAAAAGCAAGCUGAUGGUUUUUGUGGUACAUUUUUCUUUCAAAGUCUCGCGGUUCAGUCGUGAAAACGCUGCAAUCAAUUCUUAGAAUUCCUUUUGUAUGUACCGACUCCCAAGCACCAUUCAAUUCCAUUGCUUAUGAACCAAUGGGAUGCGAGCAGCUAACUCGUACGUGUGUCCAGUGUAAAUCCUUUGGCCCGAAUAACAAAUACGAUAUUCAAUACUAAAUUUGGCACUUUCUACGAGCUUCUAUGUAAAUCCGUCGAUAUCUUCAGCAAAAUUUAGGUCUCAGCCGUUUCCCUUAACCAAAUGAAUUUUAGUCUGUGAUUGCUGAACUAUUAGAUUUGCAAGUCCAGUUUAUUAUUUGUAACAUUUUUAAUAGUAACUUAAUUAAGUAUUUUAUU